AUGGCAGGAAACGGCAAACGCAGCAUGCCUCAAAACGGAGAUUCUUCUAAGCGACGUAAAGGCCCGCCGCCUAAGCAACGCAUUAACGUUGAUACCGGUGAUGCGGGUAUCUUCAUAACCUGCGACAUGGGUAAGGAAGGGAAAUGCAAAGCUGAGGUUCUAGACAUCAUCUCUCAGAUAUUUGAGGACUCUAUGAAGAAGAACCAAGAAGAGCAGGAGGAUUCCGACGACGAUGAUGAUGAGGACAUCGAGGCUCAAAUCCAAAGAGAACUUGCUGGUCUUAAGCCCGCCGAGGACAAGACGGACAAAAGCAAAAGACGCCCAGUGGAAGUCACUCGUCUGGAAAUGCCAUGUGUUCUCUUCGCUCGAGUUGACAGCUCCAUCGACCCUGUUCAACUGGUGCAUCGUCUGUGCACCGAGGCACAGGCAAACCCAAAUACAAAGAGGAGCCGAUACAUCAAGCGGAUGACCCCUGUUGUUUCUAUCCGGAAGACCCUGAGUGUGGAGCUUGAACCUUUCAUCAAAGAAAUGCUCAAACCACAUUUCCAUUCGGGAGGGGGUCCAAAGAAGUUCGCUAUCCGACCAUCUAUACGAGGAAAUAAUAAGUUCAAACGAGACGAGGUCAUCAAAACCAUCGCGGAACUCGUUGGACCCGAACACUCGGUGGACUUAACAAACUACGAUGUAACGAUCUUGUUCGAAAUUUCCCAGAACUUGAUGGGUAUGAGCGUGGUUGAAAGUGAUUACGACAAGCUUAAACGGUACAACCUCGCUGAGAUCUACGAUCCUUCGCCGAAGAGGGCCGAGAAGGCAGACUCCAGUGAAACCCAGGCCAAAUCCUAG